GAGGAGUCAACACGUUACCUCUUACAAGAUUUCAAUCAAAAGCCGAUCUGGACCUGGCUAGAGCAUUCCAGACCUAGGGUAGAGCAUCCCAGAGCACUCUAAAAUUCCUUUUGAACGUAAUUUCACUGGCGGCAAAGGGUAGUAAAAUGUCAGUUUCCUCGCUGUGUCACUGCAACACUGGAUUGAUUACCGCUAAUGACGGAGAUACCUAAAACGAAAUGUUCUUGAAAACCAUCGCUGAAUGCUGCGCAGCUAGUUUGAUGGGUGAUCCGAACCCUGCAGUAUGUGACCCAGCGCUGGCGCUAGUGAAUGAGUAUUUCAGGCGCACCAACAUCUCGCCCAUGGGUGAAUACACCCCUCCUAACAGACACAACACUGAGACUUUGACUACCUGGCAUGUCAUCAAAUACGGCAGUAGACACGGAGACAAGUUCGAUUCCAGUACCGGUAUAUCGUCAUGCAGCACCCUCUGGACCAUGGCCUUGGUUGGAUUUCAACGUCGACCUUUCACUCUCUGAGCUGCCAUUUCGAAAGGGUGAACAUGAAUGGCGCGGAUACCCACAAGAACUUUUCGGCAACUGGAGUCCAGGUCCAGUGGCACGAAGCAAGAUGUUAACGCAAUGUGCACGCAAUGCGACAUGCGUCGUAUAUAGCAUUGACUUGACAGGCGACGGUGAAUUCAAAACACGCGAGAAAGAGCAGGUGUCGAAAGAGAAUGAAACCGAAUUCUGGUUGAAGUUACAGAACGAGGAUCGGAAGAACAUCCGCGUUCGAGCGUUAUUUGUGGAUAACUUGUCGCAAUCCGUUUUGAAGAUGUUGGGGACAAAGUAUAACGUCGAGCCUUUCUUCUUCUCAUCCUCCACAAACUGGAUUCCUUCGCGAUACCGUGAACUUGAAGACGUUCGAAAUGGAUCUGGGGAUCAUAUCACAGUUAUCCUUCCUUUUAUUCGGACCACGAAGAAAAGGCCUUCUAACUUACCAAAACGGAAAGGGAAGAAGAAUACUAUAGAUGUCAUGUCACCCCUUCACCUACCCGACGGCGAACAUGUUCAAAUCCUCCUCAUCGACCUUCUGGCAAUUCAUAUGAUCCGUGACAAGAACUCCUCCACAAUCAUAUCGUAUCAUCCUACGCUGCCUGAUCGCACCACCGCCAAGCGCUUGUAUCAAGUCAUGGAACGGGCAGGUGGAAGUGUUUACUGGAAUAAGAUAUUCGAAGCAUCCGAAGAUCCAACCUUUUUCUUUCUAGCAAUCUUGUGGUACGCGCUGUAUGCAUGGGAUGAAACAUUUGAAGUGCUGUAUAACCGCAUCAAGGAUUUGGAGGUAAUUCUAAAUGACUACAACUUCAAAGCUAUGGACGACCUCAACUAUGACCUCCACAGCCUUCUGGCGCACCUCCUCCAGUACCAAACUCUUCUUCAUGAUUUCGAGGUAUCGGUCGAUCUUGUUAAGGAGACUCGAAAUCCUGCAAUGGCAGAUUCAGGGAAUAGGGACAUUACAAAAGAAUUGAUGGAUCGAGAAUGCAAGAAUCUUCUUGCCGAAAUCAACAGGCUGCACAGGAGAUGUGAGAUGUUCAUCAAUCGAUUAAAAAAUGCCACAGAUUUGGCAUUCGCUACUGUAAACAUUGUGGAUAGCUAUGAAACGCAUGAGAUGACGGAGGCAACCCUUCGAGACUCUGCAGCGAUGAAACAGAUAUCAUACCUGACCAUGAUCUUUUUGCCCGCCAGUUUCACCGCGUCGGUCUUUGGAAUGAACGUGCGCGAAAUAAAUUCCGGUUCCCUAGAGUCGAUCAAACGCUAUAUUUGGGUGUCAUUCUUAUUGACUUCGGUCACGACAUGGGUCGUUAUCGCUGUACAACCAAACAAGACGAUCCACAAGGACGGAGCUAACAUGUGGCAGAGGGCUGCUUGGCCUGUGUUAUUCUUUUCUCGUAUAAUUAUCAUGUUCUUCAAGUUCUUGAUCAUGGGCAAGAAGACCUCGCCACAGGAAAACAAUCACCCCUUGGGUCUAUAUCGCAGGAGAUGAGGUCGUUCUUUGCUAGAGCACGCCGUUUUUGAAGAGGGUGCGAUUGGCGGUUGAUCGUCCGUCCAUGUAGUGACUCUACGGACAGGAUUACACUUCAGAAAGCGAGGGAUUCAAGUUGACCAUU